AUGAAAGGAUCAGAUUCUGUUUCCUCUCACUUCAGGAACGAGGAGAACUUCUGUGACUCAGUGAACCUGCUGGUUCCCGUGUGUUACCUGAUGUUCUGGGCGCUGCUGCUGGGAUUCAGUCUUUACUCGGAGCCGGUGGUUUGUGGCGUCGGCCUCGUCAUCAUGCUCACCGGCGUGCCCGUCUACUUCCUGGGCGUUCAUUGGAAAGAAAAACCAAAGUGUAUCUACAACUUCAUCGAGAGGGCGACGUACGUGGGCCAGCGGUUGUGCUUCGUGGUCUUUCCUCAGAUCGACCCCAUCGAGGACGCCGACCCCUCGGAACAGACUGACCGCUCGAUCUGUCUUCACUCUGUUUACCCCGCCCACUGCGCCGAUGACGGACAGUUUGUCCACUUCCUGUUGUUUGUGGAGCUGCACAGUUUCCCGCCACAGCAGGUGAGGUCACUGGUGGCUGGGUUUGGCCCCGCCCUCCAGGCCCACCUGAGCCUGGCGUUCCAGGAGCUGCAGCUGCACCGUCAGAGGAGGAGCAGUGGAUCCGAGGAGCAGCCGCAGGGUGGGAGCAGGCAAACGGCCUCCGGGGGUCCGGAGCCCCUCAGGGAGCUGUUCCAGGUCCUGCUGCAGAGCCAGGAGGAGGCGUGGCCUGGCAGGUUCCUGCUGCACGAGGCGCUGGUGCAACGCUGCCCCCUGCUGGCUGUGCUGGCGUCCUGCCAACAGGGGGCGGAGCCGCUGCCCUGCCUGUGUGCGUGGGUGUUGACCUCGGUCAAUGAUGUCACACUGAGUGAAGCCACCGCCCACCUGCUCGAAGCCCCCCCGCACCAUCUGUGGACCCUGCACGACCUGUCAAUCAUCUGGAGGACGCUGCUGGGGCGGGGCCACGUCAGGCCCCUCCUACGAGGCUUCGCGCUCUUCCAGAGGGACUGCCCCCUGGUGCUGGUGCUGAGGAUGUUUGAGCUGUGUUGUGACUACAGGAACUUCUCCGAGGCCAAAGUGAAGCUGCUGGAUUUCCAGAGGACGCUCAUCACUCUGAGAAACAGUGGUCCGGCGCCCCCUGGUGGACUCCCCCUGCAGUGGGUGGAGAGCCAGGCCUCGGUGCUGCUCCUCACGAUGCUGCAGCGCUGCUCCUCCCACUACGACCUCCACCGCCUGCUGCAGCUCCUGGCCGACGUCGACAAGCUCCUCAAAUCCAACGGUCCAGACUUCAGGAAGCUGAGUCGCCUCAGUCAGUUGCUGCAGGGCUCAGACGUCAGCUUGUCUCCCCGGUUGCUUCAGUGCAGUUCAGCCUCUGUCCAGCAGGAGGAGUUCCAGGCUGCAGUGGACGCUCUGCAGGCCAGGGGGCGCUACACUCAGGCCAGGAAGGUGGCGCUGCUGGCCGACCUGCCCGUCCACCACCUGCUGCUCAGCCAGCUCCUUCAGGAGAUGAACUCCCAGAAGUCCAAGACAACGUGGAGGAGGUUGGAGACCCGAGUCACUUUCUGGAGGACUUGUCAGGAGCAGCUGAAGAGCGACAGCACGGAUCCAGGAUCAGCUUCCUGUUUCUUCUUGUCGCAGGCUGAAGCCUCAGGUUCCUCGGCGGCUGCAGAAGUUCAGACGGAGCUGCUGGACGUCCAGGAGCGCUGCCUCCUGCUGGGCCUCGCCGCUCACUGGCUCUCCCAGCUCAGCCCGCCUCCCAUCCACCAGCUGGAGAGCAUGGAGAAGAAGCUUUGGAUCAGCCGGGUGCGGCAACACGUCCUCGCCGUGGCCAUGGAGCAGGAGAGCGUCUUCAACCUGCCGCCGCCCGCCGUCGCACCGGAAAUGAACAAGUAUGAAGUUCUGAUGAAGGAGUUCUCCUUCUCCAACAUCUCAGCUCUGAACACGGAGACCUGCCUCCGUCUGGACGGACUCCCGGGUCGCUCCGAGGAGCAGGAGGAGCAGCAGGAGGAGCAGAGAGUUCUGGCUUCACUGAUUGGCCAGCUACUAGAUGACGGCAGUAUCCAUGAAGCCAGCCGAGUCUGCCGCUACUUCUGUCUGCACCACCCUGACGUGUGGGUGGUGCUGCGCUGCCGAGGGCUGGCGUCCGGAGAACUCAGCCCCGCCCCACAAGAGGAGGAGUCAGAGGCGCCGGCGAGGAGGAGCAUCACCCCCUCGUCGUCGUUCGGCAGCCUGUCGCUCGCCAUGACUCCGCCCCCUGAAGACGAGGUCGCCGUCCAGCUGCAGAGACUGGUGGAUCAGUGUUGCCAUGGCAACAACUACUGCAAACAGGUCCUGAGCCUCUACCAGCUCUCCAAGGAGCUGCAGAGCUCCUUCAGUCAGAUCUGCCUCCAGGAGCCUGGCUCGGUGCUGGAGCUGCUGCUGCAGUCGGAUCAGCCCGAGCGCUUCAGGAAGGCUCAGGCCUUCAUCCGGGCCCAGGGCCUCUCCACAGACACCGUGGCCGAGCUGGUCUCCUCCGCCGUGGCCCAGGCGCUGCUGGGCUCCGCCCACGACCUCCACACGGUAGAGAAGCAGGUAUUCCGGCCGUCGGAGGGGCGGGACUCGCUGCUUCAGCUGAUCAAACUAUGUGAUGACCCGAAUCUGGUGGGAAUCAAACUGCUGGAAAACAUCAACGUGGUUCCACUGAGAGACCUGAGCUGCAUCGUGGAUCUGCUGAUCGCUGCUCACGACUGUUUCAGUCUCACCUGUAACAUGGAGGGAAUCGUCCGGGUGCUGCAGGCCGCCCGUCACCUCAGCCACGCCUACCUGGCCCCGGGGGAGCACUACGGCCUGCUGGUGCGUCUGCUGACAGGCGUGGGCAGAUAUGAUGAGAUGACGUACGUCUUCGACCUGCUGCAUCAGAACCAUCGCUUCGAGAUGCUGCUGAGGAAGAAGGUGGACAUGGACCGAGGACAGAGCUCCAGUCUGAAGACGGCUCUGCUGGACUACAUCAGACGCUGCCUCCCUGCAGACAGCGAGAAGCACAACAUGGUGGCGCUGUGCUUCAGCAUGAGGAGGGAGAUCGGAGAAAACCACGAGAUGGCGGCCAGGACGCAGCUGAAGAUCAUCGAGUCUCAGGAGUGGGUCGUCACGCCGGAUCUGAAGAGCUCAUUGGUCAAAGUGUUGGGUCUGUUGAAGGACGCCGCUGAGAGCUUCUCCAAGGACUCGUGUGUGCGUCAGGCCACUCUCUGUGUCCGCACAGCUAAGCUAGUCGCUCUUCAGCUCCACUUCCUGAACCAGGGGUCGGACGUACGUGUCAUCAACCUGCGACCUGCGGUGCUGCUGAACACGCUGGUCCAGCUGCCGCGAUGCUACCAGGUGUUUGUGGUGUCGGAGGCGUACGGCGUCGGCCCCGACUGGGCGGAGCUUCUGUUCCAGAAGGUGAUUCUGAAAGGAGACUUUGUUUACCUGGAGGAGCUGAAACGCCACCGCCCGCUGACCUCCAGCCUGUUCGAGGACAUUUUCAAGAAACUGGACGGCGCUCCCAGCAGCGUCACGCCGCACGUGAAGCGCCUGCUGACGCACUGCGAGGACGUGUACAGCCACUACAGACUGGCCUACCAGCAGAACCUGGAGCACGUCACCAAAACCAUGCUGCAGGACGCAGAGACGUCCAACUACCUGAACGACAGACUGGCCAGCUGAUCCGCUGAGACACUGGUCUGUCCAAGGAAUCUGAAGAACUGCACAACACUUAUUGAGCAGAUAUAAGUUUGUUCUCUUAUCUUCUGUGGAGAUUAAAAUCCAUUGGACUGAUGCUCUCAGUGAAACAUCUCUGUUAGUUGAUCGUAAAAAGAUGAAAUGUUACAAGCUGAGAAUCGACAGAAAACCUUCAUGAAAUGUAAAUUAAAGAGACUUUUGAAACGGC